AAGGUCACAGCCUUUUUAUUUUGAAUUCUGAAUUUCGAGUGGUAGUAAUAACGAAAACAAUGAUAUUAAUUUUCCCGAAUCAUAUCCUUUUGUAUAAUUUUUUACACAUGUUGGUGUUUACAUAAUAAAACUGGAACUGAGCAUAUGCGAGCACGAAAAGUCACGUCCUACCGUCGCAAUCAUCCAGUAAAAAUCAUAUAAAGAUGCCAACCUAAAUUUAUAACUGACAGCAAAUAUUAUAGCUUUGGAAAACGUAAGCCAUGCUGCGCUCCGGAUUAAUUUGCUUUGCAGUUUGUGUCUAUUGUGUGAACACACAAGAAGACAUUAUCUCUAAUGGUCGCGCUUCCACUAAAUUCCAUCUUCCAAGAACCCUGACUGGAGCCAAACCUGUGCCAACUGUCCAGCGAUUAUCAAAUCCAAAGGAAGAUAGUGAUAAUCGCGACCUAAUCAAUGGAUCAACAGCUUCUCCUGACCAGGUUCAUGAUGGCUCGCAGUCAAUCCGUUUUAAACGCGCACCUAUUUUGCCGAUUGGUCAUCUUUCGUCCUUACGUACACGUGCAAUUACACGACUUCUUCCGCCACGUCUUCCUCCAGUUUUACCUCGUGUUCCGCCAGUUUUACCUCGUGUUCCGCCAGUUUUACCUCUUGUUCCUCCAGUUUUACCUCGUGUUCCGCCAGUUUUACCUCGUGUUCCGCCAGUUUUACCUCGCGUUCCUCCAAUUCUUCCUAUUAUUCCUCCAGUUCUUCCUAUUAUUCCUCCAGUUCUUCCGGUUGCGUCUGCAAGUCGUCUGCUUCUACAUUCACAGCUUUCACCAUCACGCAUACUUUCUCCCUGGCUUUCGGAUUCUACAGCAUAAAUAAUAAUAUUGUACAACCACUUCAUAUGAAAAUAAAUUUUUUUUAAUCCAAAAUAUCUUCAAGAGCUACAUCUGCAAAUAGAAAAAUAGUCGACAAAAUACAUAAUAAUAUUAAAU